UACCGGGACAGACAGCGAACGCAUGUGGGGACACUAGUGCCGGGGGGGCGGUGGGGGACUGCAUGGCCCCCCUGCAGUGCCUGGCUAGCGGGGGGCAGGUCUCCCUCACCUACACCUGCUCCUCCUCCCUGCUGACCUGCUGCAGAUUCACGGGCGGUUGCAACAGCUCCAGCAAGGGACGAGUGAGCGAGUGGCGCAACCCAAGCUACCCUCAGACGGACGAUAACCUUCCGGGCCUCUGCACCUACACCAUCACACCAUCCUCUGACACAUGCUACCUCAGGAUCGAGUUCACGGAGCUUGUUGUACCGUCCUCACUCACGGACGCCUGUCAGGACAACUCCCUCACCAUCUACAACCAGGCCGAGGGCUCAGGCUCUACCCUCUGUGGCGCCUUCACUGGAUACUCGACGUAUGUGAGGGUGCAGCCCGCGUGGUUAUGGUUCACACAGCCGGUACAACUCGGCCUGCGCAUCCGAACAACUCCAUACAAAUUCUCCGUGAAGAUCACACAGCUGCCGUGCGCCGGCGUCAAGCCUUUCUCAGCGUCAUCGCGACAACUGCGAGGGCUUGACUUCAGCGACGACAAAGCUCGUCAGUUUGUUGAUCCUCUUUUCCACCAAAGACCUGGACCGAACUUUUCACCCUCACCCGCACAGAUGCUUGCAUAUAAACAAGCAGCAGAGCAAGCUCUGCGCAUCCAACACUCAUCCAGUUCGUUCCCGGCUUCAACUGCUGGACUUGAAAAUGAAAUAGCAAAUUUAGCCCAAGAUCUUGCGCUCAGUGACUUUUACAACAAUCAGCAAAGUUUCGCCGCAAACGGAGUCACCAAUUUUCAGUCAAAUGGCCCCUUCAACGCUGCCUCUCCAUACCCUACAGGGCUACUGGACUUCAAUAAAUUCCCUAACGGAGGUUUAGCCAACCCCCAGUAUGGCCCUGGAGCAAACCAGAACAAUCCACACAAUUUUGGAGGUUACACACCAGAAGCCUUUAAUGUACCUCUGACAAAUUCACAAGGCUUAGCUCCGUUCUUAAACCAUCAUGGACAAACCGAGUCAUUCCAGGGAACGUACACCCCAACUCCUUUCGGUACAACGCCAUCAUUUGCCUCCAGCACCGUUGGAGGGCUGAGCACAGUUCUUCCUACUCUCGCCAGUAGUCCUGGGAGCUACUACCAAACCAGCUCUACUGCACGUCCAUUCAGUAGCAUUCUCCCAAAUGUAUUGAAUCGGCCAGGAGUUAUUUUCCGACCCAGCAUCUAUUCUAAUGGGUCCAGCCUAAGCUCAAACUUGGAAAAGCUAGCUUCUCUUGCAGCUGCCACUAACAGCAUAUACACAGAUGGUGGAGCGAUACCCGAGCAUAACAACUACCUUUUGACUUUAGGAGACCUGACCGACCACUCGAAUAUAUUCACCACAUAUCCCUCAUCGACUAUGAGCUCACCAAACUCUUUCUCUCACACCACUCCGUCGCCAUUUUAUCCAUAUUCUUCCAUCGAUAUAAUUAAUGCUGAUGAUGCUCUUUCUUCAGUUUUGUCCUCCACAACAGCCUUUCCCUCGUAUUUCACCGGGACUCCCAGACCAACAAUUUCGUCUCAUUCCACCGGCAACACCGGCAUUAGUUUCCCGUAUGGAAAUAGCGGCGGAACCUUCACCACUGAGCCUGGACUUGUGUCAACGACCACUGACAGAUUUGGGCUAACUCAUCCAACUACAACAAUCUCCGGUCUCCCGUUCUCGUCAACUACUUCUAAUUUACCAGGAAUCACCACAACUGUUCCCAUUAAUCAUAAAGUGGGCUCUCAUUUAGUAAAUACUACUCCUGGCAACGACUACCAUCUGAAUCAAAUAUUCUCCACUCAUAGGCCUACCACCAUCACAAAUAGGCCUUAUCUCUCUCACAAUCAAACUCCGUUACGAAAUACCGUCAUCAGAGGGUCUGGUUCAAGCGUCAACCCCAAUUCGGCACAGACCAUUUCCACCAUUUUCCAGUCUUACCUGAGCCGUCACUCCUUGUUGGGGGGAACUUCACCAAUCGCGAGUUUGUCAACGCGGCUCGCAGGAAGUGCCACGGUGUCUGACAUCAACCGCUUAUCUUUCAUGGGUCUGAUUAUACUCCAGGCCGACCCCAACUCUUACUAUGCGUGUGGAGCGAUCCUCAUUAACCCCAACUACGCCUUCACUCCUGCUCGCUGUCUGCUCAGGAAAGGGCUGUCCACCCGCUACACCAUUCGUGUGCUUUUCGGAGCCGACCGAGCCAUUUUGCAAACCUCUACUCUGGCGCAGGUCUUUGCUAACCCAAUCAGCCGAGCGGUGAGUAAAGUCAUCUUCCACCCCAUGGUGGACCACACAACUCUACGGUACGAUCUCGCCGUACUCCGCAUCGCCAAGCCCUACACUGACGUCACUGCGGUUACCCUGCCAGCACGCGGUGCAUCGUUUGACGGGACGAAUGGUUUACUCAUUGGGUGGGGGAUCGGUACUGUGCCAUUGGGUGCAGCCGGACCGGGGGUGCAGCCUUACACUCAGCUCAACAGUCUCAGCGUAACGAUCAAGAGUAACGCUGACUGCAGUAAAUCCUGGAGCAGCAUCACCAACCCUUACGAUCUCACGGGAACCAAGUCCGUAAUCUACGACGAGAUGAUCUGCACGCUCGCUAAUUCCCCGAGUCAAGGCUUCUGCCGCGGAGACGAGGGAGGAGCCGUGCUAGUGCCCAGUGCAGGGGGCGGCUACAUCCUGGCUGGGGUGCUGUCGGGGGCACACAACGACUGUGUGCUGCAGCAGAAGGACGGCAUCCCAGAUAUCGCCACGCGGGUAACAUCUUUCCUGGACUGGCUGGACGCCGUCACCACGGAAUACAUGUACACCUGUGGGGUCAACUUCUACUCCUUCACGUACAAGCAGUGUGCCUUGUGAGAGGCUGAGUGCUUUGUGAGGAAGAGGAGGGCUCUUUGAGUGUGAAUGCGCGCACUGAGUGAGGAUAUUGUUCUUUUGAGGGAGAGAGUGCGUUGUAAGGAAGAGCAGAACAAUUAAUGAGGAGAGAGGAGGACCUCUUGGUGAGGAGAUAAAGCAAUAUCUGUGAGAAAGGGUGCACUUUCAGAGGAAUAAAAAGUACGCCUCGAGUAGGGGAGAGAAAGUGCCGUGGGUAGAGGGAGAAUAAUGUCAACUUUAUAACGGAGCAGUAAGUCGACGACAACUCAUGUUCACAUAUUAAUAGGAUUGUUUCUUGCCCGUUAAGGAAAGUGACACAUGUUGUUACUAUACACGUUUUAUUUCUUGACGUUACAUUUCGUUGAAGCGCGGGUAACAAGCUCAGCCGCCACCAGCGCCGCCUCAUGAGAGUCCCAUGGCGACUAGGUCCGGGAUACGUCCCUCAUUCUGCAUUAUAAAAGUUUAUGUUAAUCUUUAUUUAUCGUAAUUUAUUCUGAUAGCUGUCAUAUGGAUAUUUAAUCAUGAUAACGAUUUCCGCUCGAUGAAAUAAUUCUUCCAUUGUAUAAGGUAUCAAUGAUACGUUAAUAAACAAACUUGCGGAUCCACUGUUAUCCUGAUGAUUAACUUAAAGUAGAAUAUAUUGACUAUUUCAUUAUAACUUGAAUGUCCCAUGAUAAAAUUAUUGUAAAGUAUCUCAAUAUCAAAUUAUGUCCUCCAUAUUUAAGGUGACAACCGUUGGGUCUAUAUUAUUUACAAUUCCAUUAUUGCUUAGUUUGUCCCUAUAUUCCAAUGAAUCCAUAAGACACCUUUUUUGCAAAUAAUUUAAAACCUUCAAAAUCACUUACGAUUUUGCCAGUAAAGUUCUGUUGUUUCUUCUUUUUUAUCUCCUAAAUUUUCUCUUGCAUUUAUACUGCUAUUACUUUACAAUCUGAACUGAUGUGACCAAUAAAUUUCAAGUUUAAAGCUAAAAAUGUGUACUAAGUUCUUGCAUAGGCUACAGACGUUAGUCCCAUUAGCUUAAUCGCUGACACAAUCAUUAAAACAUUGUACCUACAAUAUUACUGAUUAAUGCAUCGCCCUAAUUUAUUCUUGCACAAUUGAACUUUUUAUUUAUUAAAUAAACAUUAA